GGUACUGGGGGUGGGAGGAGGGUAUCCGUGAAGGAUAUUUGUUUGGGCGAUGGGGGAGAGGGUGGGGGCGAUAUCGUAUUGCUGGGUUUGGUCGUGAAGAUACGCCCACCCGCUGAAGAUAUGGGUCAUGAUCGACCGGUGAAAUUGGAGAAUAGGAAUGGGAAUGGGGAACUUGGGAGACGACCGUGGGUGGUCACGAUGGCGGACGAGACGGGGUCUGUUGAGUUUUGCUUGUACGUGAUUUCCGCCCCUUUGCAUGUUUCUCGGUGUCUUCGCAUUUGGUAUUGGCCCGGCCCGUUCCCUCUUCAUUGUAUCUCUUCUGUUUUUCUGCAGAUGGGAUGACCGCUGGUGUCGCGACUGGAUACCCUCGUCAACCGUCCUUUCGAUCAGCAAUCCAAAACGAACAACCUUUCGCGGCCUAAUACAACUAACACCCUCGGCGACGACCAUUGUGGAUGUGCUUGAGGGGGUGUGUGAUGCGAGCGAGUCGCUGAAAGCCGCGUUGGCGUUCGUCGAGGGGUGUGACGUGCUGGAGGAGGAUGGGGAGGAUGUUGUGUGAAUGACGCUGAGAUGCUGUGAUACUUAUGAAUGGGAGGGGACAGGAUGGGCUCCCUAUUAUUCGGAGUAACCUAUUUGGGAUUGUCGGAACGGCGUAUCCGUCGUGCCCUUCUCGUCCCGCCCGCAAGUUCACUUUGUAUAUACAUUCAUGAAUCCCCGAUGUAACUCUUGUUUGGAUGGGAAUAUGAAGCCGAC